CCGCCCCGAGGGCGGCACUAGGCGCGUAAAUAAGACGUCGACAGCUGGGCGCCAGCCCCGGGCCUGACGGGAUUGUGGCGGUCCUCUCGCCCAACUCGGAAGCUACCGCUGCCCCCCGGACGCUCUCAAGAUGGCGACCUCGCUGGGUUCCAACACCUACAACAGGCAGAACUGGGAGGAUGCGGAUUUCCCCAUUCUGUGCCAGACUUGUCUUGGAGAAAACCCAUAUAUCCGAAUGACCAAAGAAAAGUAUGGGAAAGAAUGCAAAAUCUGUGCCAGGCCAUUCACAGUGUUUCGCUGGUGUCCUGGAGUCCGCAUGCGCUUCAAGAAGACUGAAGUGUGCCAAACCUGCAGUAAAUUGAAGAAUGUCUGUCAGACCUGCCUCUUAGACCUAGAGUAUGGGCUGCCCAUCCAGGUUCGUGAUGCAGGAUUGUCUUUUAAAGAUGACAUGCCAAAGUCAGAUGUCAACAAAGAGUACUACACACAAAACAUGGAAAGAGAAGUAUGCUGGCACUUUCAUGAUUUAUUAUUGGGUAAUAUCUGCAUUUUUUCACCUUUAUAUGCAUUAUUUUUUUCUCAUAGACAUGAGAAGCCUACAGAUCCAGAUGACCCCCUUGCUGAUCAGAAUAUUAAAGAUCGGUAUUAUGGAAUCAAUGACCCUGUAGCAGAUAAGCUUCUCAAGCGGGCUUCAACAAUGCCUCGUCUGGACCCACCGGAGGAUAAAACUAUCACCACACUAUACGUUGGUGGUCUGGGCGAUACUAUUACUGAGACAGAUCUCAGAAAUCAUUUCUACCAGUUCGGAGAGAUUCGAACAAUCACGGUUGUACAGAGACAGCAGUGUGCUUUCAUCCAGUUUGCCACAAGGCAGGCUGCAGAAGUGGCUGCUGAGAAGUCCUUUAAUAAGUUGAUUGUCAAUGGACGCAGACUCAAUGUGAAAUGGGGAAGAUCCCAGGCAGCCAGAGGAAAAGAAAAAGAGAAGGAUGGAACCACAGACUCUGGGAUCAAACUGGAGCCAGUUCCAGGACUCCCAGGAGCUCUUCCUCCUCCUCCUGCAGCAGAAGAGGAAGCCUCUGCCAACUACUUCAACCUCCCUCCAAGUGGUCCUCCCGCGGUGGUAAACAUCGCCCUGCCACCACCCCCUGGGAUUGCCCCACCCCCACCCCCAGGUUUUGGGCCACACAUGUUCCACCCAAUGGGACCACCCCCUCCUUUCAUGAGAGCUCCAGGACCAAUCCACUAUCCUUCUCAAGACCCUCAGAGGAUGGGAGCACAUGCUGGAAAACACAGCAGCCCCUAGCACAUUGCCAGCAUUCUGGGGCUCCAUGGAAGAAAGGGCGCUUUAAAUUCCCAGUAAAUGGAUCUUGGAAUAAAUAUAUUUUUCCUUCCUUCGUAGUUUCCAUGGUAGCUGAAUGUGUUCAGAUGUCGGCAGUUGGAGAAGCAUAGCCUUGCUUCCCUACAUAUAUUGAAAGGAUCAGUGGACCUCAAAUAAACUGCCACGAACACAGCUAGUUACCAUGAUUAUAUUACUAAGAAAACCUACUGCUAGUCCCCUAAACCUGUAUGGGGGCGAGCAGAUGGGUAAAUUGGAAUAGCCAGUGGAGUUACCAUCCCAAUUAUAUGUUCAUUUUGUACCUUUUGGGGUGGGGGCAGCAAAAAUUGACCUGCGGUAAAAAACCUUUUGACCAUUUUUAUGUCUAUUGGGUAUUUUCUUUUUUUAUCAUCUAAAAAAAAAAAUAGUACUAAUCAUCGUAGUGGCAUAAGUGUGAUUUAACUCUUCUGAAGUCACAUGCUCAGACGAGAAGAAACCAGGACCCAGCACAGCCCAGAAUUUUUCUUUUCUUCAUUUUUAAAAGGAAUCUGAUAGUUUUACUCCUCUGUGUCACCAAAAAAGGGGCAAAAGUAAGAGUUACUUUUUAUUCCUAUCAGAAACACAAAUUUUAUGCAUCUAUCAUUGAAGAAAUCUGGUGUCUGGAAUGAAAUUAUUUCAAAGAACUUCCCAUAAAAUUCCGUCUGUAACAAACUAAAAGGCAAACUUUGGAGUGUGUUUGAACAGAAGACUCAUGAGCUACCACUGGAACUCUGAUCUUCAGCAUUCACCUUCGUGUGUCUUCAGCAUCCCCUGUGAUCCCCUGCUUCUGGGCAGAGGACUGUUGGUCUUAGAAUGUUUGGAUAUAACUGAAUUGUAGAUGAUAAGGGAAAUUUGAUGUUGUGUUGUAUUGUUUUUAAAUGAUUAAAACGGGUCAAUUUUCCAAAUA